AUGCGGACCCGGUUAAUACAACAUAAGUGUAUUACUAAUUAUGGGAUCAUUUUCAAGCUUUCAUUUGCACUUGUUUGUUUCAUAACACUACUAGCCAUUCUUCACAUCACCAAUGCUCAAAACUCCCAACAAGAUUACUUGAACGCUCACAAUACACCACGUGCCCAAGUGGGCGUUGGAAACAUGGUAUGGAAUACCACGGUGGCUGCAUACGCUCAAAACUACGCCAACGCAAGGAGUGUAGACUGCAGCCUUGUCAAUUCUGGUGGACCUUAUGGUGAGAACCUUGCUUCAAGUAGUAGUGCUACCUUAACAGGUACUGCGGCCGUGAACUUAUGGGUAGCCGAGAAACCUUAUUAUGAUCAUUCAACAAAUACAUGUGCCACUGGAAGAGUGUGCACACACUAUACUCAAGUGGUGUGGAGUAAUUCCAACCAGCUUGGGUGUGCUCGGGUUCAGUGCACGAAUAAUGGUUGGUGGUUUGUUGUUUGUAGCUACUAUCCCCCUGGAAACAUCAACGGGCAGUCUCCUUAUUAG